CACGCCACAUCAACGUACUUAAAACGUCGUCGUACCUCAAAUUCCAAAACGCACUCCCACGUCACCACACAUUAGCCACUCGCCGCCAGUCAUUCGUCACCGAUAACAUCCUCCUCCAAUUCCCGUCAAAUUCAGUUAAUUUUCCGUCAAAUUCCGUUAAUUUACCGUCAAAUUCCGUUAAAUGUAACAAACAAUGGCUUUGAUUCUUAACAACCAUCACUCCGGCUUCAUUUACUCAAACAUUCAACCAAAAAAGUUCAAUUUCAACAAGCAAUUUAGGGCUCGAAUAUGUUACCGGAGAGUUAACAACAACAGACUCGUUCGUGUUACGAAUUCAGCGUCGGUGAAUGGAUAUAGUGUACGGAAUCGUGAUGAUAGUGAAGAGGUUGUUGCGGAUUACGGUGGCGAUGAGGUGGUGGGAGUGUCGGAGAGGUUGUUGAGAGUUGUUCGGUUGAUUCCGGCGUUGCUUCCCGGUGGAAAAUGGUGGAGGUUUCUUGAUGAAGUGGAGGUUGCGCAGAAUGCGAAACCGGUUACUUUGUUUCGGGCUCUUGGACGGAUGUGGGGAUUGAUUUCGAAUGAUCGUUGGGUUAUAUUUUCUGCGUUUUCGGCCCUAAUUAUAACUGCGCUUACAGAGAUCUCCAUUCCUCAUUUCCUGACAGCGUCUAUAUUUUCGGCCCAAAGUGGAAAUACAACAGUAUUCCGUUCAAAUGUGAAGCUAUUGAUGUUUUUAAGUGUCACUUCUGGUAUUUGCAGUGGUCUAAGAGGUUGCUGGUUUGGCAUUGCAAACAUGAUUCUUGUAAAACGAAUGAGGGAAACGUUAUAUUCCAUCCUUCUUCUCCAGGAUAUUAACUUUUUUGACUCUGAAAGUAUUGGUGAUUUGACUAGUCGAUUAGGUUCAGAUUGUCAGCAGGUGUCACGGGUUAUCGGGAAUGAUCUUAACUUAAUAUUGAGGAAUCUUCUUCAGGCAACAGGGGCUUUGAUCUACUUGUUAGUGUUGUCUUGGCCACUUGGCUUAUGCACAUUGGCCAUAUGCACUACUUUAUCGUUAAUUAUGUAUCGAUAUGGACAGUACCAGAAGAAAGCAGCCAGGUUAACACAAGAGUACACUGCGUCUGCAAAUGAAGUUGCACAAGAGACAUUUUCUUUAAUGAGAACAGUCCGAGUUUAUGGAACUGAGCAUAAAGAACUUGAAAGGUACACCACUUGGAUGGAAAAACUAGCUCAUAUAAGCUUGAGAACAAGUGCUGCAUAUGGAAUUUGGAAUUGUAGUUUCAACACUCUUUAUCAUUCUACACAGGUUGUUGCUGUGCUGGUAGGAGGAAUGUCUAUAAUGGCUGGUCAUAUAACAGCUGAGCAACUUACAAAGUUCAUAUUGUACAGUGAAUGGCUAAUUUACUCAACAUGGUUUGUGGGCGACAAUUUAUCAUCACUAAUGCAAUCUGUUGGUGCAAGUGAAAAGGUAUUCCAGCUGAUGGAUCUUGUGCCUAGUCACCAGUUCACUUCAAGCGGGUCAAAGUUGCCAAAUUUGAAGGGUCGUAUUGAGUUUGUGAAUGUAUCAUUUAGCUAUACAUCAAGGGAGACGGUGCAUGUAUUAAAAGAUAUAAACAUUACUAUGAAUCCUUAUGAAGUAGUUGCACUUGUUGGUCUUAGUGGUAGUGGGAAAAGCACAAUUGUGAAUCUUCUACUUCGUCUAUAUGAACCAACAAGUGGCCAGAUUUUGAUCGAUGGAUCUCCUCUAAAAGAUUUGGAUAUCAAGUGGCUUAGAGAAAGAAUCGGAUAUGUUGGACAGGAGCCUAGGCUUUUUCGGAUGGAUGUGAAAUCGAAUAUAGCGUAUGGAUGUACGCGAGAUGUAACUCAAGAGGAUAUUGAACGGGCAGCCAAACAAGCAUACGCGCAUGACUUUAUUACCACAUUGCCUGAUGGCUAUAAUACAAUUGUUGAUGAUGAUUUACUUAGUGGAGGACAAAAACAAAGAAUCGCAAUUGCCCGCGGGAUUCUUAGGGACCCGUCUAUAUUGAUUCUUGAUGAAGCUACUAGUGCUUUAGACGCAGAGAGUGAAUACAACAUCAAGGGUGUACUUCGUGCUUCUGGAGAUAACUUUAAGAGGACUGUCAUAAUAAUCGCGCACAGACUGUCCACUGUACAAGCAGCAGAUAGAAUAGUCGUCAUGGACCGUGGCCAGAUCGUUGAGAUGGGAAAUCACAAAGAACUUCUACUUAAAGAUGGAUUGUAUGCGCGAUUAACCAGAAGACAAGUUGAUGCACAAGUUGAUGCCGUGGGAUGACACCUGAAACAUAUAUAAUCUGAUUAAAUAUGUUGUUAUGGUCAAAACACGAAUACGUUAUACCCAUGGCUGUAAAUCAUGGAUUGGAAUGAGAUGCAGCUGCAAAUCCCUUAAUUUAUUGAAGGGUAAGUGAGAAUACAAGAAUUAAUGUCAAUCAUGGAUUUGUAGAUUCAUCAUGAUGAAAUGCUAAUUGUUGUCUUUUUUCACCAAAUUGUAAUAUGACUUCAUUGUUGCAAAAUUGGCUAGUGACAUGUUACUUCUAUCUUUAUUUAUAUU